AUGAUCCCCACAAACCCAAGGAAGCGGUUCCCGAGGACAUUCACACCUUUUCCACGCUCCAUCUGGACUCAUCCGGACGCACCGCAAGACGACUUCGACCGUGUCUGCCAAAUCAUCUGGGUCCGAGCAAAGGAAACAGAGGAGGCGCUCCACAGAGGUCAAAGUUUAGCAGAGGGAGGGCCGAGUAAAGACCUCUGGGCUCCAGACAACACCACAAGUCAUCGGGCUGAGGAGCAGCAGCAGAGGACACAUGAUUCUGGACCGAGCACACGAUAUGAGAAGGACAAGCAGCAAGACCACACUGACUUCAUCCCUCCUUACCUUUAUCUCUCGGGCCGCAGACAUCCCUACGUUGCCAGGGCUGCAUGCGCACCAAACCUUGUGAUGGAAGAAGAGAUGACACAAAAUGACGAGGAAGUAAGGGAAGACACGGGAGAUAAACAAAGGAGUUUGGAAAAUUCCCCCAAGGAGAUUUGGGCUCCCCAAUCCAGCAGCAGAAGAGACAAACAGAGCUUUGCACCUAAACCUCAACCCCUAGUGACAAAUCCCACCUGCUCCGCCACUGAGGACCUCCCCCCACAGCUGCAGGAUGAGGAAGAUCCUCCACUUUUCUCUACACUAUAUAGGGAUAUAUGUGACAGUGAGGACGAGGAGAAUAAUAGUAGCAGCUCUGACUCCAGUGAUGAUGACUCAGAGAGUGAAAACAAUGGAUGCAAGGGAGCCCCAGCAGCAGCCCCAAUGCAGCAGGUGCCUUAUGACCCACUGGCUGACUUCCCUCCUCUGCCGCCCACAAGGAAACAUUUCGUAUCAGGUGUACUGCAUGAUGUGGAUCCCAAAGCCAAAGGUGCAAAGGGGAAAAGAGGGCUGACUCACUGGACAAGCCAACACCAAGAGAGCGGGGCUUCCCAUCAGAGCAGGAUGGAAAAUGUGCCCCAGGAGGUCUCCUCCAUCUGGGCGGAAGAUCAGAAAUCAGUGCUGGACCUUCAAACAUUUGGCUACACAGGCCAACGCAUCUCUACCACCAUCAGCUGUGAGGAGCUGAAGGCCAAAACCCAGCCGCCUCCUAGAGUUGUGGGUGCAAGUGGCGAAGACGUUACUGCCUGGUCGUGGGCUAGCGUUGCCAAGGCGGGCUUGAGGCAAGCAGCUGCCCCUCAGAAGAAAGCCAGACCUUUUACCUCUCCACAGAAAGUUACCAUUGACAGAACCAAAGUUGAGGGUGCAGAUGGCGUGGAUGUUACUGCCAGGUCCUGGGCUAGUGUUGCCGAGGCAGGCCUGAAAGUUGCCAUGGACAGAGCAACCGGUUCUUCUGCCACUCCGAACUUCUUCAAGAAAGUGACUUCUUCCUCUCAUGGACAGACAACCAUCCCGAUGUUUCACAGCCCUCGACCUUACAACCCAAACCGGUUUGUUAGACCUGGUUACGCUCCCAUCAAUCAGCAUUUUGGAGCCCAGGAGUAUCGAGCCAACUGUCCACCACGAUUCAGACGCCCCCCUUUCCCUCUCUAACAGGUCAGGGGUAACCCGUCUGAGCACAGCCACGUGUGACGACAGCCAGAGGGCCAC